AAUCAGCUAUAUUCGAUUUCACGUGACCUGUAAAAAGAUUUGAAAGAACAUCAAAAUUUCACGAUUCUUCUAGGAAAUAUGGAUCUAGGAUGGAGUUUCUUGGGUAUUUUUAUUGUGUUCCUCUCAGGAGAUUUAUGUAAAUCCGAAUUUGUGCCUGUGUAUAUGUGGGGUACUGGCAGGACAAGUGAACCAGUUCCAGCCCUGCACAAAACUAGUCAGAGCUUCUUCAAAGAUGAAAUUACUAAUCAGCUCAAAAGUAAUUCCUUGAUAGUAAUUUUUGCAGAACAAUCAUUGAGCCCUGAAGAUUUUGGUCAACGGGAUAGAUCUGGGAACACUGCCUUUCCCAAUCUCUCGAAGGUUAAGAAAAGCUCAAAGGUGUCCUAUUUUCCAUAUGUGCAAAAUUCAAUAAAGGCUGCAAAGCAUGCAUCAGACGAUGUGGCCGAAAUUUCAAUUGAAAGACUGAAAGAAAACUUCAAAAUUCCAGAAGCUGAAAUUUUAAUUAUAGACCUGAAUGAUGCCACUGAAAAUGAACAGCGCUUUGAUAUGCUCAAGCGUCACGAUGACUUUAUCGCUUCAACUUAUGACAACCUUUCACAAAAACAUGGUAAUGUUUUGGCAUUAUACACCGCUCAUCAUGCGUCUUGGAUUGAAUCAGGAGAAGUCCAUUCAAGAAAAACGAGAGCUGUAGUUAGUGCAGCCAAUCAAUUUUUCGAUAACAGCACCAUCAUGCUUUACAGUUCUGGAAGUGCUGUCGUAACCGUUGGUGGCAAGACCCAUACUGUUGACUUAACUUACAAACUCGAAGAGAAUUUAAAUUCUAGUAUUGUUUUGUCUGCAUCUGGCUUAUUAGAAAGUAAACCAAUUAAUGUCAGUUUCAACUUCACAAAAACCGUUAAUGGAUACUGGUAUUUGCAAGAAACAAAGGCAGAUUACGAUGAAAAAACAAUCAAUAGAACUGCGACUACCAUUUAUGCACCUUUAGGUUUUUCUUAUGCAUGUGGGAAUCAAACUUUCAAGGGCACAGAUAUGACAAUUGUGAUACCAGAAUUUCAAGUACAGCCAAUGUUUAAACAUACCUACCUUACAAAACAAUUGAAAUUUGAUGACCCCUACAACUGUGUUGGCUUCACCACUAUUCCAAUCUGGUCUGGACUUUUCGUAACCUUCAUUCUACUGCUGAUAAUGACCUUUGGUUUGACAAUGAUGAUGGAUAUAAAGACCAUGGAUCGUUUUGAUGACGCCAAAGGCAAAACAAUUACUAUAAACACGUCAGAAUAAAUGUUUGUGGUGACAAUCAUUGGAUGUUUUAUGUCCAAUAUCCAUACUAAUAUUCCAGUAUUAUAUAAACUGUAAAGGUGUCUUAAAUAUCCUAUUUCAAAUUGGUAUAUUGGUAUACUAUUUAUCACCAGAGAAUGAAACGAAACAUGGUUCAGAAAUAAACAUAUAGGUAUAGUUUAUACGAAGUCAAUCCAGAUAGCAUAAAAACUGUGUAGGCGGCAUAUUCUUAUGAAAUUAAGCAUACGCGUGCAACAUUCCAGGAAUUCCCGAAAACAAAGAAUUCUAAUUCUAAUUCUUAGGCUGUUGCAAGCAUAUACUUAAUUUCAUAAGAAGAUGCCGCCUACACAGUUUUUAUGCUAUUCGGAUUGACUUCGUAUAAACUAUACUCCCAACUUAUGUCCCUAGUUCCUAAAAACCGUUUCAAACGAUAUUAAAAAUUUUACAUCGAGUGUCAGAACGAUGCCUACCUUGUAUGAUUUUAAUCUCUCAAUGCAUUGUUUUGUGUUUUAGGGACAAUAGGGCAAAUGAUUUAUAAAAAAAUCAAAUAACAAAUGCUCAAUAUUAUUAAAGUGGGUAUGCCAAUUUAAAUAAAUACCUUUAAAUUAUUUCCAGUAAUAAUGGACCAUAUUAAUGUUAACACAAUAAAGAAAGCCUUCCUUUACCCAACUUAUGCUUAGGGGCGGCCUUCUCUUGUGAUAUGAAGCUUUCUUACCUUGCGCCACCCUUAAGGUUUGUCAGGCAAAACAACAGGCCUAAUUACCUAUAUACUAGUUAUUACUUUCUAUAUCCCCUGGACUAGAGAAAACACAUUCUUUUAUAUUACAUACUUGUUAAAAAAAUUAUCCAAAACAUGUUUUGUUGAAAAGCGUUGAGUACAUAAUAUUUUAGACUAUGCACUUUAAGACAUAGUUAUUUGAGCUUUCAACUAAAAGUUAUUUUGGGUAAUUUUUGCUGUUUAAAUAGAUGUUAACCAAUGUUGGAUGUUUCCUUUAGAACUUAUAAUUUUGGUGUGCUCUUGGGACAGCCUCAUUUGGUACAACAAAAAAUUGUAAACGAAUCACAUGUCCAGAAGAUUUAGAAAAUCAAACCAAAUUAUACACCUAUUGUGACAAUAGAAUUUUUAUUAUAUUUUGGAUCCAUAUUAACUAGAAACUGUUGGUAUAGUAGUAGAACAAUAAUUGUUGAAAGUAUAGUCUGGAAAAUGUUGAAAUGUAGGUUCUAUUUUGUGCUUUAGGCCUAUUUUCACACUGUAGGUCUGCACUUGAAAAAAAAAACGAUUUUGUAGAAAUGUAUCUUGUUUGUUAUUUUGUACAUAUUUAGUGUCUGUUAUGAGAUAUAAAAACGUUGUUAUAGUUUCAAGUGUCCUUAUAAUUUUCAAUUUAUCCCUUAAAGUUAGAGAUUUUUCUUUGCAUUAAAUAGUUUUUAUUAAGCAUAAUUUCAGUCAACCCUAAGGUUUAUAUACAUUCUUUUAACUAUUGUUUGUAGAUAAUUUAUCAAUUGUUUUAUAGAUCUAUGUAUUAAUUACCAAGUUGGUGGGGUUUCUUCAGCAUAACUUUAUCUAUAUAUAUAGGUAUUAUUUAUGCAUGUACAUUUCAUCUGUUCAUAGAUUACCUAAUUUACCAAACGGAUGUAGAUAUUCUAAGUUAUACAUUGAAGACUACAAUCAACUUUUUAUCUGUUUUUAGCAUAAUUUGAGUCAACCUUAAGCUUUAUUUACAUUCUUUUUGCUAUUGUUCGUAUACAUUUUAUCAAUUGUUUCAUAGAUACAUUAUCAAUAAUAAAGGUGGUGGGUUUUCCUCAGCCUAACUUUUUUUUAGAUAUUAUUUAUGCAGGUACAUUUCAUAUACAUUUCAUAUUUUGUAGAAUAAUUUUCCCAAUGGCUAUACAUAUAUAUUCUAAGUUAUACAUUAAAAAUUACAAUCAACUUUUUAUC